GGAGCACAUAUAUACAUACAAAACCAAACCAAAAGCAUAGAGUUUUCAUUCCACUACUAAUCUAAAGAUGGAGUACUGGUCAUCGUGUUUGAUGUUUCUCCUAACCCUUGUACUCCUUCUUUCUCAAUCUUUAAUCGACUCAUCUACUCCUUCACCUUCUAAUAAUUUCUUGUGUCAUCCUGCCGAGAGCUCUGCUCUGCUCCAAUUCAGCAACUCCUUUAUCAUCAAUCCAAGCUUGUUCGACUGGCUUGGAAGAAUGAAUCCGAAGACAGUGUCUUGGAAGAAUGGCACAGAUUGUUGUUCAUGGGAUGGAGUGUCAUGUGAUCAUAUUUCAGGUCAUGUAAUUGGCCUCAACCUCAGUUCUAGCGGUCUUCAAGGCCCUCUUCACUCCAACAGCACCCUUUUCUCACUUCCCCAUCUCCAAACUUUAAUCCUUGACUACAAUAAUUUCUCUUGCUCUCCAAUUCCUCCUGAAAUUGGCAGUUUUGCCAACAUGAAAACGCUUAGUCUCUCUUCUGCCAACUUUGCUGGUUAUAUCCCUGAAGAAAUUUCUCACCUCUCUAAACUUUCUCAUCUCACCAUUUAUGGUGAUUUCGCAGAUUGUCAUUUUUUGAUGGGGCCAUUUGUCUUGAAAAAAAUGCUUCAAAACUUCACCAAUCUCAUGGAACUUACUAUGAAUAAAAUCGACAUGUCUGGUGUUGAACUAGUUAGUUCUUUCAUGAAUGUGUCUUCUUCCUUGACAACUCUUGAUCUCCAUCAGUGUGGAUUGCGAGGGAAAUUCCCAGAAAAUGUCUUUCGCUUACUAAAUCUCCAGGAGUUGAGUUUAGGAAUCAAUCCAUAUUCACCUUUUAGUGGUAAUCUUACUGGUUCUCUGCCUAUGUUUAAUUGGAGUAGUCCACUCAGGUACUUAGAUCUUUCUCACACAAAAAUCUCUAUUGAUUUACCUCACAUGUGUUCAAGUGCCAAGUCUUUGCAGAUUUUGCUUCUUUCAAAUUGUAGUUUUAAAGGAUCAUCAAAUAGUGCAAUGUUGACUAACCUCACUCAAUUAGUGGAACUCAAUGACUUAAUCAUCGAUAGCAGCAAUCUUGGAGGUCAAAUUCCAUUGUUUUUUCUCAAUCUUCAGCAGUUGGCCUUUUUGGAUCUUUCUCGCAACAAUUUUGCUGGAUGGAACAGUGUUGGUGAGGUUUGAUUAUUUCUACAACAGGCUCCUGAUCUGCCUAAACUCUUCCCACCUCAUUCUCUUGGUCACUAAGUCUUGUUUUCCUAUAUAUAUGCAUUUCAUGAAGAUGAAAAUGAAAAUGAAAGAACAAUUUGUUUCUUUUUUCUAAUUUAUGUGUGUUAGUUAGGAAUGUUAAGCCUAAUAUUUAGAUUUUGAGUUGUACCAAUUGAAAUAUCAAUCUUAUGUAUUUGGUUUAUGAAGCUGCACCAAUUAAUGCCAAUGACUUAUCUUGUUUUUA